AUGACCGAAAUUGAUCCAAAUAUCAAAGAACAAGAAAUGGCUGAAGUAAUAAACAGUGACAAAGAUAUUGAUAGCGAUUCUAACACAGUGGGGCUGACGCUUUUUGCUCAGCUACAGAAUCAAUUGAGAUUACAACAGGAAGAGCUACUCCAACAACAACGAGAACUACUAUCGCAAGAGUCACACUUGCAGCUGCUCCAGUCAUCGCACUCUUCUAUAAGCAACACAUGGAAUUUCACACAGGGACUUGUGGUUGGCCAAUUAAGCGUUAUUUUCCUCAUUAUCAUUUUUGUCAAAUUUUUUGUCUUUGCUGAUUCGUCAUCAAGCAUACCUUCGAAAUUUGUUGCCAGAGAUGGAGCGGGCGUGAUUGUGCGGAGAGACAAUAAAUCUACUACAUCACGAGAUAGACAUAAUGGGAUUGGUGGCAAAGAUUCAAACCUGGAACCUUCAACCGAUGACGAGAGGUUGCAGAACAAUAGAGCCAAAGUAUCAAGUAUUUUGGAAAAGACAUAUUAUGACGUAAACAACCAUGCCUCGGAGUCUCUAGAUUGGUUUAAUGUGCUUAUUGCACAAACAAUUUCACAUCUUCGUACGGAGGCAUUGCUCUCGGACAAUAUAUACCACUCAUUAAGCAACUUUUUGGAUAACAGUGAAUUGCCUGACUUUUUGGAUAAGAUAAAUCUUACGGAGAUUGAUGUUGGCGAUGAUUUUCCCAUCUUUUCUAAUUGUAGGAUCAAGCACAGCAAAGAAGAUACUGGACGGCUAGAAGCAAAAAUAGACGUCGACUUGUCAGAUACAUUGACUUUGGGUAUGGAGACAAAGCUCUUGUUGAACUAUCCGCGUCCAUUAACAGCAAUAUUGCCCGUGGCAAUGACUGUUUCCAUAGUCCGUUUUUCGGGUUGCCUGACAGUAUCAUUGGUCAACACCAAUGAUCAAGAAUUUCAAGCUGAUCAAGUUGCGCGACCAAGCAACGGUCACACAAGCACGGAUAACGGCAAUGACGAAAUUGGUAAAGGCUCAAGCUCUGAAGAUAAAAAAGGAGGGACUGCAUUAAUGUUCUCUUUUGCACCUGAUUAUCGGCUCGAAUUUGUCGUCAAGUCAUUGAUUGGUUCUAGGGCCAAAUUGCAAGACGUUCCCAAAAUUUCUUCUUUGAUUGAAAAUAGGUUGAGAACUUGGUUUAUUGAAAGAUGCGUCGAGCCAAGGUUUCAAGUUGUAAAGCUUCCGUCACUUUGGCCAAGAACUAAAAAUACACGCGAGCCAGCAAAACCAAAGGAUAGCGACGACACAUUAUGA